CAGACGCGAGCCGGAGUAUAAUGUGCGGAGCCCGGGGCCGGGACGGCGAGUUGCACGAGGUGCUGGUGAAGCGCGUUCGGGGCGGCCACUGACAGAAUGCAGGUGUCCAGCGUGAACGACGUGAAGAUCUACAACCUGAGUUAUGGCAGGUCGUUGCCGGAGUGGCUUUCAGAUAGAAAAAAGAGGUCAUUACAGAAGAAUGAUGUUGACGUUCGUCGAAGAAUUGAACUCAUCCAGGACUUUGAGAUGCCUGCAGUUAGUACCACUAUUAAAGUUUCACGAGAUGGCCAGUAUAUUAUUGCAACAGGCACUUACAAACCUCGGAUUCGAUGCUAUGAUACCUACCAGUUGUCAAUGAAGUUUGAACGCUGCUUAGAUUCAGAAGUUGUUACAUUUGAGAUUUUAUCAGAUGAUUAUUCAAAGCUGGUUUUUCUGCAGUGCGACCGUUACGUGGAGUUUCAUUCACAACAUGGCCACUAUUAUAGGACACGCAUCCCCAAGUUUGGUAGAGACUUCUCUUACCAUUAUCCUUCAUGUGAUCUCUAUUUUGUUGGAACAAGUUCUGAAGUUUACAGAUUAAAUUUGGAACAAGGACGAUUCUUAAAUUCCCUACAGACAGAUGCUUUCCAGAACAAUGUUUGUGAUAUUAACCCUGCACACUACCUGUUUGCUACUGGAUCAACUGAGGGUAAAGUGGAAUGCUGGGAUCCACGAACAAGAAAUCGAGUAGGAAUGCUUGACUGUGCCCUAAGCAGUGUGACAGCUGAUACAGAGAUUGAUGGCUUACCUUCUAUUUCUGCGUUGAAGUUCAAAGGAGCAUUACACAUGGUUGUUGGCACUACCACGGGUCAGGUUUUGUUGUAUGAUCUUCGCUCAAGUCGUCCACUGAUCAUCAAGGACCAUCGCUAUGGGCUGCCAAUUAAGUCAGUUGAAUUCCAGGAUCAGCUGGAUUUGGUCAUUUCAGCAGAUUCGAGGAUUGUAAAAAUGUGGAAUCAUAAUACGGGAAAAAUAUUCACUUCAAUUGAAUUGCAGCAUGAAAUCAAUGACCUUUGCCUUUAUCCUAACUCUGGAAUGUUUUUUCUCGCCAAUGAAUCACCUAAGAUAAAUACGUUUUAUGUUCCAGCAUUGGGGCCUGCACCCCGUUGGUGUUCAUUCCUGGAUAACCUAACAGAGGAGUUAGAAGAAAACCCAGAAUCUACAGUGUAUGAUGAUUAUAAAUUUGUCACCAAGAAGGAUUUAGAAAACCUAGGUCUUGCUCACCUUAUUGGCACUCCAUUGCUACGGGCAUACAUGCACGGAUUCUUCAUGGACAUUCGACUAUAUCAUAAGGUGAAAGCUAUGACAAAUCCAUUUGCUUAUGAGGAAUAUCGAAAAGAUAAGAUCAGACAGAAAAUAGAGGAAACUCGUGCUCAAAGAGUCCAAGUUAAGCAAUUGCCAAAAGUAAAUAAAGAGCUGGCAAUGAAGCUUAUGGAAGAAGAAAAAGAACAAGAACAAAGAAAAAAGAAGGGAAAGAAUCUAUCCAACAUUCUGCGAGAUGAACGAUUCACAGUCAUGUUUGAAAAUCCAGACUUUCAAGUGGAUGAAACCAGUGAAGAAUUCAGGCUCAUAAAUCCAAUUGUGUCCAAAGCCUCAGAAAAAAGAAAGAAAAAACUUAAGCGGCUACAGGAGCAAAUGGAGACAGUGCAGGAAGAGGAAGAGCUGGAAGGAAAACCCAGUGAUACAGAUAGCUCUGAAAGUUCUGAUGAUGACCGUGGCUGGGUUGAAGAGGUCCAAAAACAGCACAAACUAUUGCGCAAAGAACAAAAAUUGAGACUAAUGGAAAGUAAUCAGCAAGUUCAUUCAAAACCAAAAUUCUUCGAGAUCAAAGCUGGAGAAGAGUUCAGAAGUUUUCAAGACACUGCCCGUAAACAAAAGCUGCUCAAAACAACUCUUGAAGAUCGGUUGAAACAGGAAGAAAAGUCUGGAACACUCCAUUUGUCUGAUACCACUGUAGGCAGUAAACAGUUAACAUUUGCCCUUAAAAAGUCUGAACAACAAGAGAAGCGACAUGAAGCUGAGAAGCAGCAUCGUGAAGAGAGGAAACGGCUGAGGCGUUCAGCAGGACACCUUCGAGGCAAAGCAUUGAAAAGGAAGCCAUUCUUCUAAACAGCGUUGAAUUUUCAUUUUAUUCCCCUCAAAGUAACUGAGUUCCAGGCAUUUCCAAAACUGUAUUCAAAGCACCACCGAAAUAGAAAACAGCAACUAGAGAUGUUUCCAGUGACUGGGCAAGAAUUUGUUCCAUCUGCUACUUCAGAGUAGACAACUUGAAGGAACUUGUAUGUGGGACUUCGGACAUUUGUAUUUUUGCAUAACAUUCUGUACUAUACAGACUACUGUGUAUAUUUAUCAGAGCAGGAUUUUCUAACAAGAAUACAGAACAUUUGUCUAAGUUUGAUUAUUCAGCAGCGUGUGCUUUUCCCCUCUAAAUCAGUAUUUUCCACAAGCAAAUGGUAAUUGGUGUUUCAUUGUUCAGCAUUAUUCUAACUUGUGUUUUUUGUGCUAGGGAAAUAAAUUUAUAUGUAUAGAAAUUCAGGAGCAACAAACAAUCUUCUGGAGGACCCUAACAGGUGAAACAGCACCUUUGUGAGGAAAGGACUUCUCAAUGGUGGCCUGUAUAAAGAAAGGGCAAGUGAUGAGAAAGGAUUUUAAGGUGUUUGGUGAAUUGCGGAGGAUUGGUAAGAUGUUCAGUGGGUUGUGCCAAAUAGGGGAGGGGCAGACUAGAGUCAGUAGACAUUGACAACUGAACGACAGAUGGAGGCAAACACAGCGGGAGGGGGUGCAGAUGGGGCAAGAUGGGGAGAGGAAUGUGUAAAGACUAGAGGCGGUUGUUGAAAGAAGAUAAGCAGGAACACAGAGCCAGUGCUGGACUGGGUUAAGCAAGGGACUUAAGAAUGGAAACCAUUAAGUGAGAUGUGAUUAGCAGUUACAACUAUAUUGCACAGUGGGGAAACUAGGUAAACUCUGUGUGUGUUAGCUGGGUGAAUGGAGCUAUAGGCAGGGCAAAGAUGGGUGCAGGGGAAACGGGGUUGUUGAAGGAGCCACUUAAAUGCUUUUUGUCCCUUUGUUAUUGUUUCUCUAUUAAUUUCUACCUCUUGCCCUUAUGUCCUCUCCCUCUCCUGAAGUCUACAAUCAGUUCCUUGAUCUUGCUGACAUUGAGUGAGAGAGUGUUGUUAUGACACCACUCAGCCAAAUUUUCAGUCACCUGUAUGCUGAUUCAUCACCACCUUUGAUACAGCCCACGUUUUAUUCAAGGAAAGAGGGAGGCAGAAGAAAAGAAACUAUAGGCCAGUUAGCCUGAUCUCUGGUUGCAAAGACGUUAGAGUCGAUUGUUAAGGAUGUGGUUUUGGGGCACAUGAUAAAUAGGCCUUAAGGAAAAAUCAUACCUGACUUCUGUUGGAUUCUUUGAGGAAGUAACAAGCAGGAUAGAAAAAAGAGAAUCAGUAGAUGUGUGCCUGGACUUUCAGAAGGUCUUUGACAAUGUGCCACACAUAACGCUGCUAAACAAGAUAAGAACUCGUGGUUUUACAGGAAAGAUACUGGCACGGAUAGCGCAUUGGCUGAUUGACAGGAGUGAGAGUGGGAAUAAAAGGAGCCUUAUUUGAUUGGCUGCCAGUGACUAGUUCUAUAGAGGAUGGAUUUUUGGACCAUUUCUUUUUAGUGUUGUAUGUCAAUGAUAGAGUUUAUGGCAUUGUUGCUAAGUUUGUGGACAAUAUGAAGAUAGGUGUUGAGGAAGCAUGGAGGCUGCAGAAGGACUUUUUCAGAUUAGGAGAAAGGGCAAAGAAGUACCAAAUGGAAUACAGUGUUAGUAAGGAUAUGGUCAUGCACUUUGAUUGAUGGAAUAAAAGCAUAAACCAUUUUCUAAAUGGAGAGAAAAUACAAAAAUCCAACGUGCAAAGCUACUUGGAGUCCUCAUGCAGGAUUCCCUAAAGGCUUAUUUGCAGGUUGACUUGGUCAUGAGGAAGGCAAAUGCAAUAUUAGCAUUCGUUUCGUGGGAGCUAGAAUGCAAAAGCAAAGAUAUAAUGUUGAGACUUUAUAAAGCACUGAUGAGGCCUCACUUGGAGUAUUGGGAGUAGUUUUGGGCCCCUUAAGAAAAUAUGUGCUGACAUUGGCGAGGAUUCAGAGGAGGUUCACGUGGAUGAUUCCUGGAAUAUGUUGAUUGUUUAAUGGCUCUGUGCCUGUACACUCUAGAAUUUAGAAGAAUGAGGGCAGAUCCCAUUGAAACCAAUUAAAUGUUGAAAGGUCUAGAUAGAGUGGAUUGAAGAGGAUUUUUCCUAUGGUGGGGUGUCCAAGGCCAGUGGGCACAGCCUCAGAAAAGAGGGAUAUCCAUUUAGAAUGAAGAUGAGUAAUUCCUUUAGCCAGAGGGUGGUGAAUCUGUGAAAUUCUUUGCCACUGGCAGAGGUCAUUGGGUAUAUUCAAUGCGGAAGUUGAUAGGUUCUUGAUUAGCCAGGGUGUGAAAGGUUAUGGGGAGAAGGAUUGAGAAUGGGGAUUUAACAAACUAUGGAUCAGGCAUGAUUGUUGAGCCAAAUGGCCUAAUUCUGCUCCUAUGUCUAACGUUUGUACAAGUUUCUUACACAGAACUUUGGAAAUGAACUCUGAACUCCAACACCUCGAACUGUUAUAGCAUCAUGUUAGCUCGUACACUGCCAUGGCACCCAUCUUUGAGGGGAUAGAAACUUAAAGCAAAGUGAAAUUUACAUUAGAUCAAUUCGACACUAAUCACAAAUUCAUGGAUGACACCACUGUUGUUGGCAGAAUCACAGAUGGUGAUGAUGAAGCUGAUAGAUGUGCAGUAGGGGGUCAGCUGAAUAAGUGAUGUUGUAACAACAACCUUGUGCUCAAUGUCAGCAAAACCAAGAAAAUGAUUGGGCACUUUAGAAAAAGGAAGGCAAGUACCAAGUACCAGUCUUCAUUGAAAGGUUUACAGUAAAAUAGGGUGAGCAACUUCAAACUCUUGGUGUCAACAUCUGAGGUUCCAUCCUGGCCCAGCAAUAGAUUCAACCACAAAGAAGCCGCCCCAGCAUCUCUACUUCAUUAGAAGUUUGAGUAGUUUUAAUAUGUCACUGAAGAAAGGGAGGCUAGAUUAUUAAAAUAAACCAGCACAAAAUAUAAAAAUGGAGAGUAAAAAUUUUUGUAAUUAUAUAACAUGGAAAAGGGUGGCUAAACUGAAUGUGGGUCCCUUGGAGGAUGAGGAGGGGGAAUUGAUAUUGGGUAAUGAGGAAACAGCAGAGGCUUUGAAUGAUUAUUUUGUAAUGGUGGAGGACAUGUCUAACAUACCAAAGAGAGAUGUUAUAGAUGUGUUGGGAGCUGAGGACCUCGAUACAAUAGCUUUCACUUAAAGAGAUAGUGCUGAAUAAACUUGUGGGUUUGACGAUAGGGAAGUCCCCUUGUCCUGAUGGAAUGCAUCCCAGGGUAUUGAAAGAAAUGGCAGAAGUUAUAGUAGAUGCUUUGGUGAUGAUUUACCAAAAUUCUCUGGACUCUGGGCAGAUCCCAGCGGAUUAGAAAACAGUGAAUGAAAUACCACUGUUCAAAACAGGAUGUAGGCAAAAGGCAGGUAACUAUAGGCCAGUUAGUUUAACAUCUGUAGUUGGGAAAAUGCUUGAAGCUAUCAUUAAAGAAGAAAUAGCAAGGCAUCUGGAAAGAAAUGGAUUCAUCAGGCAGGCGCAUCAUGGAUUCAUCAAAGGCAGGUCCUGUUUGACAAACUUACUGGAGUUCUUUGAAGAUAUAAUGAGCGCAGUGGAUAGAGGGGAACAGAUGGACAUUAUUUACUUGGAUUUCCAGAAGGCAUUCAAUAAGGUACAGCAUAAAAGACUUAUCCAUAAGAUAAGGAUGCAUAGAGUUGGGGGUGAUGUAUUAGCAUGGAUAGAGGAUUGGUUAACUAAUAGAAAGCAGAGACUUGGGAUACAUGGGUGUUACCCUGGUUGGCAAUCAUUGCUGAACGGUGUGCCACAGGGGUCGGUGCUGGACCCGCAACUGUUCACAAUAUACAUUAACAAUCUGGAAGAGGGGACCAAGUGUAGUAUAUCUAAGUUUGAUGAUACUAAAUUGAGUGGAAAAGCAGAUUUUACAGAAACUACAGAGAGUCUGCAGAGAGAUAUAGAUAGGUUAGGUGAGUGGGCAAGGAUUUGGCAGAUGGUGUACAAUGUUGGUAAAUGCAAGGUCAUCCACUUUGGAAGGAAAAAUGAAAGAGCAGAUUAUUAUUUAAAUCAUAAAAAAAAAUCAGCAUGCUGCUAUGCAGAGGAACUUGUGCAGGAAGGUUAUGUUGCAACUGUACAGGGUACUGGUGAGGCCGCACCUGGAGUACUGUGUGCAUUUCUGGUCGCCUUACUUCAGGAAGGAUGUACUGGCUUUGGAGGCUGUGCAGAGGUGGUCCACCAGGUUGAUUCCAGAAAUGAGGGAGUUAGACUAUGAGGAGAGAUUGAAUCACCUGGGACUGUACUUGCUGGAAUUCAGAAGAAUGAGAGGAGAUCUUCUAGAAACAUAUAAAAUUAUGAAAGGAACAGAUGAAAUAGCGGCAGAAAAAUUGCUUCCACUGGUAAGUGAGACUAGAACUAGGGGGCAUAGUCUCAAGAUUCAGAGGAGUAGAUUUAGGACACAGAUGACGAGGAACCCAGAGAGUGGUGAAUCUGUGGAAGUCUCUGCCUAAUGAAGCAGUGGAGGCUACUGCAGUAAAUAUAAUUAAGAUGAGGUUGGAUAGAUUUUUGCAUAGUAGGGGGAUUAAAGGUUAUGGGGCAAAGGCAGGUAGGUGGAGAUGAGUCCAUGGCUAGAUCAGCCAUGAUCUUAUUGAGGGAUUAAAGGUUAUGGGGCAAAGGCAGGUAGGUGGAGAUGAGUCCAUGGCUAGAUCAGCCAUGAUCUUAUUGAAUGGUGGAGCAGGCUUGAUGGGCCAGAUAACAGGAAUUCUGCAGAUGCUGGAAAUUCAAGCAACACACAUCAAAGUUGCUGGUG